UCAUCAGAAUGCGACAACAUCCACGUUGAUGAAAUCAUUAGCAAUUUCAUCUGCGACUGAAAAGGGACUUAGCGUUUGAAUACAGCCGUGAAAAUGUUUUUAGAGAAGUGUCUGACACUCAGUUAUUCUUCGAGCACUGCGCGAGCGGUCAGCCGCUCUCUUUGGUCUCACUGUAACCGUGCAGCUUUGCGCAGACUCUGUGCUGUGGCUCACUGUCCGACCACAGGCGGGACAGGGCUGCGCUCCUCAGAGGACCACAGAGGCUUUUCUCUUCUGUCACCCGCUUACAGGUGCACACCUCGUCUUGGUAGUUACCGAAGACUCUCAAUUUCACGGAGUGUCAGCAGUGAGGCAUUGGGGCAGAUUCAGUCAACACAUUAUCACCUCGUUUACACGUGCAAGACUGUGUACUGUUCGCAGGUUUGCUCCACCAGAUCCAUGCAGAAGAUCUCUAAGCUGGCUUACCACAAAGGUGUCGUCAUAGUCACGUGUCCAGGAUGCAAGAAUCACCACAUCAUAGCCGAUAACCUCAAAUGGUUCUCCGACUUGGAAGGGAAAAGAAACAUUGAGGAAAUCCUCGCUGCCAAAGGAGAGACAGUGAAGAGGGUUGAAGGAAGUGCUGCUCUGGAGAUAGUGAUGGAUCAGUCCAGAGAAGACAAGCCACAGUGUGCUGAAGACACAGAGGAGUCUAGCAGUGACCCAGAAAAACGAUAACGCUCUGCUUUUACUGCAAUGUUUAUACUGUAAAAUUGCUAUAUUUAAUUUAUUAAUAAAAUCAAAAUUUUAAAUUGU